ACAUGCGGCCAAUCUUUUAUACCAUCGAGUCUCGUUUCGGAAUUUGAUAUACGCCGAGUUGGAACCAGUGUACACUGAUUGUAACGUAUGUAUGGAUGUUUUUUAGCUUAUCGGAAUUGUCGCGGGUCAGUCGCGGAGAGACGGUACGCGGACGAUGACCAUGAGAAUUAAGAAGGCGAAGGCGCAAGCCGACUUCGCCGAUUCAUCCGAUACCGUUGAAAAUUCCAUCAAAUCGAAUAACAACGAUACGAAAAAUGUGAAAAAAAAAGACCAAAAGUAUUUCGAUCCUAUGGCCGUAACAUGGAUGGAAAAAUACAGUGAUCAAAUGGAGAGAAUGUGGAGGCGUCUUCCAAAUUUUGUAGGAUCAGCUAUCGUUACCUGUGCUAUAUUUCUCCUAGGGGCUACUAUGCGGGGUGAAUGGUUGAUCGUCCUCGUGCACGCGGCAAAGCAUCUCGGUUACGGAGGUACGGACGAUAACGAGACCAGUACAAACGUCGGGGACAACGAUUAUUCCUGGGAAAAAAUAUCGCUGGAACAUUUUUACCUGAAAAAUGUAGUCUACUACUGGCUGGCAUCCGUCACAGUUUCUUACACGAUGUACUGCGGCAUCGGUGGUUUUGUGCACUGGUACUUUUACGUUCGACAACGCGACAAGGCCGACGAAUGGAAAUGUCAGCCUAAAAAAUGGUUGACACCCGAGCUCGAGAGAGAUGAAAUAAUACUGGGCUCGUUGAGUCUCUUCUGCGUUUCGACGGUCUCGGCUUUUUUAGCUAGUUAUUCGAUGAACGGCGGUCCUUCAAUGAUCUACUACAAAUUGGACGAGUACACCUGGACUUAUUGGUUCCUUUCUUGGCCCGUAAUAUACAUUUACAUGGAUUACGUGACCUACUGGCUUCAUCGCGCCUACCACACGCCGUUUUUGUACAAAAAUUUUCACAAGUUACACCACAAAUACAAAACGCCGACGGCGUUCUCGGUGACCGCCAUGCACCCCGUCGAACUGGUCAGCUUCGAAUUGGUCCUCUGCAUGCCGAUCUUCGUCGUUCCGAUCAACUGGGUUCCCUUUUGCACGAUCACCAUGUACAACUACUACCACGGUAUCAUCGAUCAUUGCGGUGUAAACUUCAAGUCAUUUUGGUGGCAACCUUGGCAACCGGACGCUAUUUUCCACGACAAUCACCACCAAUAUUUUCACGUCAACUUUGGAUUCAACUGUCUCGCCUGGGACAAGAUUCACGGGACCUACAGACAAAAGGAUCGCAUCUACACCGAGGACACUUAUUACGGAAGAGGAAAAUCAUUGAGCGAAGCUUCGGAGUCUGAAUUGAAAUCGGAAAUCGAAGAAAGAAAUUCCGAAAAUCCACUUGCUUACAGAGGGAACGUGAGGAUCUACGCGUUGUCCGAAGAAGAGUUAAAUCUUAAAAAGGAUUGAGUAGAUUUCUGAGCGCUCAAUUUCACCUGUGUAUAAGUUUCAUGGGUUAUACAAUUUUUUAAAUAAAAUAUUUUGUCCUAUUA